CCAAUUUUAAAAAAUGCUCAUUUCCGGUGUGAAGGCAGUUCAUGAAACAUAAGAAAGUGUAUUGUACAAUUUUCAUUUAUUUUCUGUCGUCUUAUUUAUCCGUGGAAACGUGUUGCUUUUGAUGUAAUAUCAUUUAUUUUAUGUUCGAUCGUGUUUGUAAGUAAAUCGUGCCGUGACCGCGCGAUAUAGAGAAGUUUCACGAGGCGCUCCGUCAUAGACAGUGAGAGAGAAGGUAGCGACGUAGUGUCGAAUAUCUAAUCCAUAUUUACGUAUAGUUAUAGUGUGGUGUAGCCUGUAGGUGUCGUUGAGUGGCGACCACGUUUUCGCCAGCUGGUGCGAACACUGCAGCGGUAGUCGCGGCCGGUGCGCGCGACCCAGUCCCCUCACUGCAGCUUCACCGAAGCCAGGAUCAACAAUUCAUCCCGUUCGCGAGAUCUCGUCCAUCGGGGCGUUACCGUCUUAUAUGCCUUUAGCAAGAUAUUCAGAGACAUCAGUACAGUGCGCGGAGAGUAGUCGGUGUGUCGCCACAAGAACAGCGGCCGGCAGCCGUCGAGCGUGCAUGACGCUUCACACAACCAGGAAUACUGCGCGCAGAACAUCAAAAUUUUGCAGUAACAGGCAUCGGAAGCUGCUGCCGCUGCGGCAGACGUGACUGGCGCGCGUCGCGGGAGCCCGCGCUCUCCGCCCCCGCCCCCCGCCCCACCCGCUGCUCGGCUGCUCGGCCGCUCCGCCGCCACCGACGCGACACCACGAGACGCUUCUCAACUAACUGAUCCAGUGUAAAAAUCAAAACGUCACCCCCAAACCAAGUAGAAUAUAAUAUUUAAGAAGAGUAGUUGUACAAUAAUCGGUCAAGAUGGGGUCGGUGAACGUGAACAGGAACGUGUCGGACGCGUUCUACCGGUACAAGAUGCCGCGGAUAUGCGCUAAGGUGGAGGGCAAAGGCAACGGCAUCAAGACCGUCAUCGUCAACAUGGUGGAAGUGGCCAAGGCGCUCGGCAGGCCAGCCACUUACCCGACGAAGUACUUCGGCUGCGAGCUCGGCGCUCAGACGCAGUUCGACUUCAAGAACGAGCGGUUCAUCGUCAACGGCAGCCACGACUCGGCCAAGCUGCAGGACCUGCUGGACGGGUUCAUCCGCAAGUUCGUGCUGUGCCCGGAGUGCGAUAACCCCGAGACGGAGCUGAUUGUGUCCACCAAGCGGAACACUAUUUCGCAGGGCUGCAAGGCUUGCGGGUACCACGGCCAGCUCGACUUCAACCACAAACUCAACACCUUCAUACUGAAGAACCCGCCCGCCGCUGACCCUGCUGUCCAGGGUUCUUCUCUGACGGAGGGCAACCGCGGCAAGAGGUCGAAGCGCUCCGGCCCCGGCGCCAACGCGAACGGCAACCACGAUGGACAGGAGAAUGACGCCAAGAACGAGAGUGACGUUCCGAUCACUCCGACGACGCCGGUGCCCAAGAGUAGCAAGAAGGACAAGGAGAAGUCUAAACAUCACGAGGAGGAUGAUGACGGCUGGACGGUGGACGUCAGCGAGGAGGCGGUGCGGGCUCGCAUGCAGGAUUUGACGGAGGGUGUGAAGAGCAUGACGGUGUCCGAGGACAACGAGAAGAAUGAGAAGCAGCGCAUGGACCUGUUCUAUGACUUCUUGAAGCAGCGCGCCAGCAAUGGAGACCUCUCCAGCGGCAAGGCCAUCAACGAGAUCUUGCACGAGGCUGAGAGGCUGGAGGUGAAGUCGAAGGCGCCGCUGGUGAUAUUCGAGGUGCUGGUGCGCGGGUCGGCGCUGGCGGGCGACGUGCGGCGCCACCGCGCGCUGCUGCUGCGCUUCACCCGCGGCGACUCGCGCGCGCAGCGCAGCGCCCUGCACGCGCUCACCGCGCUCUGCGGGCACCACGCCACGCUGCUGCCCAAGGUGCCCGCCAUACUCAAGUUGCUGUACGACGAGGACAUUGUGGAAGAAAAGGCGAUCCUGGAAUGGGCCGCGAAGCCUUCACGUAAAUUCGCGUCGAAGGAAGUGGUGGCAGACGUACGCCGGCGCGCGCAGCCGUUCCUCGACUGGCUGCAGGAGGCCGAGGAGGACGACAGCGAUGACGACCACGAUUCCGCAGAGGACAUUGAGAUCGAGUACGACGACCGCGCGACGGUGAGCCCCAUCAAGGCGGUGAGCGUGGCGCCCGCGCCCGCCGCCAAGAGCCGCGCCGACGACGACGACGCGGACGACGUCGACAUCGACGCCAUCUAGGCACCAACACCAACACCACACAGCACGCUCCCACACACACACAAUGUAUACCCACACACACAUAAUGGGCCGUAGUUUAUAUUUUGUUGCGAUCGCCGCGCGGUUUUGUCUAGAAAAAUUGCUUGGUUUGAAAUUAUUACUGCUAAGUAACGCAAAUUCGACAACCAGAAUUUAAAAUCUGUUGCUUGCAUCACAAUGAGAUAAAACAAGUGUUGUAGUUAGUAUCAAACCUAUAGGAAUUUAAGUUAAAUAAUAAUAUGACAAAACUGCUGAACAGCAGAUGUAACGCUAAACAUUAAUUAAACUACGGUCUUGCUUACACGCAACAAAACGCUAGCAAUAACAGACACAAUAUUUUUGGUGUUUCCCUUCUAUUUGAUUUCCUCCUGUAAAUAUUUCGUAUUUAUAUUGUGGCAGCUUCGAGAUAGAACUAUGUAAUUGCAAAAUGAUAUACCUGUUGCAAUUAUAUUGCGGAUAGACGGUCGUUAAUAAUAAAGUCGAAUACAAGUGCACACUGAAAUAAGCGCAAAUAAGUUGCUAAUUUCAAAAUCACCCCAUAUUUUGCGCAGUCGCAUUUGGAUCGAUGGGAUAAAAUUACAAAUACACUUAUCUACGUUUUCGAAUUGUGCUUCGGUUGCAGUUUGACUAUCCGUCGACCGUAGAUUCCUAUAAAUUUGUCUUGACAUCUCCAUGCUUAUUCUACUUGACUUCCACUAUGAUUACUCAAAUAUCAAAACUUAUUGGACGUAUUCCAAAGUGAAACACCAAUAAUUUUGCGUUAUAAAUCGAGUACUUUAUAAAUACUCUCUGUUCUAGGAUUCGUUCGGGAAUAGAAACAAAAAGCUCCUUUUCUGUCGAGUGUUGAACAUUCCUAUCGUAUCCUAUUUACUUAUUGUAACCGAUACCCGAUCAUAACAAGGGAGAGUGCAACUUGACCUACGUUGUUUGCAAUGUAUAAAUAUUUAACGAAACGAGCCGUUUGUUACAACAGACGCGUGUCUGUCAACUUGUUCGAGUUCAGACCACGUUCUCGCAUCUGACAAAACAACAAAAAUCAACUCGACACGCAAACGACUCAUUUCGCGAGGAUAAUGCGUCGGCUAAACACUCGAAAGCGAUCGGGUGCAUCGAUUAAAAUUAUAUAUACAGCGGUUAGCGUAAUCCAACUAUUUCCCAUUAACGUAAAGUUUUCUCUAAUGCUUGUAUACAUAGGCUGUCUAUAGACGCUGCGAUUUCUUUUAUUCAACAGCUAUAUGUUCCUAUAUGUAUAGACUUUUUUUUAUUUUUAAAUUAUUCUUAAUCAGAUUUAUUUGGUAUACAUUUUAUUCGCACUGAAGCAUCGUGGCUCGGGAUCUCAAACUUGAUAAAGUCACAAAUGCGCGGGCUUUGACAGCAAUACCAUGAAAUUUAACUGGAACUAUAGAAAUAUGUGUUUUGUACGGCAUAUUUAAUGUAAAAUUUGGGAGGGACGCGCGACACUAACGGUAGAAACAACGACAAUGAAGUCAAUAGAAAGAAAUAAAAUUCAUAAUUUCUAUUUAUAUAAAAUCGGUAUUUGUACAUCAACUUGGUGUCGUUAUGCAAAAAUAAUCAUUAUAAUAAUGAAACGUCAUGUGCUCCAACGUGGUGGUAUAGCAAUUAGCUAAACUAUUCCUUUGUAUGUAGAUGUACAUUAACAAGUUUAUUGAAAUAAAUCCGUUUACUGGUUGACAGACAAAUGUAUUUGGUGUAUAGCAUGCUGAAAUCUAUCUCCAAAAGACUGGUUUAGUUAAUUCUAUAGUAGAAUGUGGCGAGUCGCGCGUCCGCUCUUUUAUAUGUAUGUACUUUCUUAGGCUAGUGGACGGACCGACGUCUCCUCUAUCAACUAUUAUUAAAUAGAUUACUUUGAAAUUGCCACCUGACAAUUUAUUAGAUUUGUUUUGUAUUCAAUACAUUUUGGAUUCUGA